AUGGAACUCGAAAUCCCGUAUACAAGCCCUAUCAAUCCUGAAAAAUAUGGCUUCCUUACAGCCACGUUAUUGCUGACUGGUCUUGUGUUCAUGGCGAUCUUCUUUAUCCGUGCCGUCGCUCCCAAGAAGAACGCUUUGGUAGAGCUACUACUGGCUUUAAUUGCUUCAUUACUGCUGGGUUUUGGCUCGCUCUUUCUCUUUCUAUGGGCCGAGAUCUACGUAUAA